UGUGGUAGGCUGGAGGUGGUCCAGUGGUUGGCAGACCGGUGUCCGUCCCGGUCCCGCCUUCUACCCGGUGAGGGAGACGAUUCUCUGCUGCACGCCGCCGCCCGGCACGGACAGGUGGAGAUCGCCAGCUGGUGUGCGGACCGGUUGCUGCAACACAGGGCCCACCUGGAAGGCGUAGACCGACGUCGUGACACUGCCCUCCACCUGGCGGCCGGAGCGGGAAACACACUGGUCUGCAGGGCACUGCUCGACAGGGGGGCCGCCGUCACCGCCCGGAACGCCUGCGGUCUGAAGCCGUACGACGUGGCGGCUCAGACGGGUCACCACGCAUGCGCCGAGUACCUGCUGACCUUUGAGACCCUGGCCGACCUGGCCGGUGACUUCUGCAGUCUCGAGGUCGAGGCAGCGCGACUCAGUCGAGACAACGCCGACUACAAGGACAACUUCCGGGAGGUGCUGUCUGUGGCCCGCCGGCUGCUGAGGGAGCGCGCUGAAAUGCACGCCGCGCUGCGCCAGCUGCGGGACGACUGGCAGCUGCUGCAGGAGCGGCUGCUGCGGCAGCUGCAGCUGGCGGCUGCCGAGCGACACCAGCUGCGCAGGCAGCUGCAGGAGGCCGACCCGGCAGCUGAGCCCGACGAGCCGCAGCUGGGGGAGACGGACCCCGCCCAGCUGGCCGAGCAGUUGUCAGCGUUGCUAGAUAGGUGGCAGCAGUGCAGCGUCCCGGUCGCCGAGACCGCGCUGUGCGAAAGCCAGAGUCGACUUCAAGUGGCGGAGACGGCCUGGCACCGGCUCAGGGCGUCCAGAAAGGAGCCCGCCCAGCCGCUGACGGAGGCUCAGGAGAUCGUCAGGAACAAGAUCGGUGACAUCCGCGCCCAGGCGGCCCCGGGACGACCUCUGGACAGCAGUGCCUUCUCCUGUUCGGACGAGGACUCUCUGAUCGAGGUGGAGCUGCUCCAGGGGACGCCGCCGACCCCGCCGCCCCGACCGCCCGGCUGCGCCCCUCCCCCGACCCCUCACCACCCCUACUCUACCGACCGAGUCCCAACUUACCCAGCGCCGGCCACAGUGUCUUCAGAGCGGACCUCGACUCCGGCCAAAGCCAGCCUGGACAGGAGCUUCGACAGCGGCGUCAGCGGCGGACCGAUCAACUCCAGCUUCCAGGCUCUGUCGGUAGAUGGCAGCAGACUCUCCCGGCGUGAUCUGGGUUCCCGGCGCCGCUCCCAGCGAUCCUCUGCUCACCUUGAGCGACGCGGAAAGAGCGCCGAUCCUAUCGAGCGCUCCACCCUCCCAGACUCUUUCCCUGCGGACGGUGAAGGGGCUCUUUGGCCACCCUUCGAACUGAGUCGCAGUCUGGACUGGUCCGAGGGGACCUCUCCGCGCCGACGUCCCGCUCCAUCGGGGAACGAGAGCGUAGCGCUGGCUCGAGCCGAGCUGCGGCGUCGGCUGCGACAGCUGGCUCUAGUAUCCGAGUCCGGCUCAGCAGCGGUGCUCGAUGUCAUUGAACCCUCAGGCAGCGAAGCAGGCAGUGCAGAGGAUCUGGUGAGGAGAGAGGUGGAGGCCCAGCGCAGGGCGAGAGCGCGCUCGGCGCCUCCCCCACGGAAGGGAGACUCGGCCGGGGAGGCGGGGGAGUCAGCUGAUCUCUCUGGGGAGGGAGAUCUGCACUGGCUGGAUGAUGAUUGUAUAACGGUCAAUGGCGAUGCUGUUCAUUGUGACAGUAAUGGAAAUGAUGACGGCUCGCAGCGGCAGACAAUGGAAACAGAACCAGCGCCACAGCCAGCCCAGUGGAGGGCGUCGCUCAGGACCGCGUCACCGGGCCGCUGUAGGGACACAGAUGGCUCUGAGCGCCGGGGUAGGACCGGGAGAGGCGACAGAACCAGACGCUCCGGUCGCGUGCGGCGCGAGACUGGCACCGAGAGCUCCUCCGGUCGGGAGAGAUCGACAGGGACCGGUGGAGACUCCCAGACCGUCCCUGAGCAUCCGACCCCUCCCAGUUCCGUACCGAUCCUCUCUGCACCGGAUAUACUCCAGGGCACGCGACACUGGCGCGAUCCGGGCGAGGACAGUGACGAGGCGUCUCCAGAGAAACCAGACCUACCGCUGUUCCAGUUGGGGAACACCACCCCCUCCGCCGCAGCUGCCGCUGGCGACGCAGCCACCGCAGGAAAGAAGCGAAGCUUCCUUCAGAAAUUCAGCAUCCGGGCUCGCUGGACACCGAAGAAGCGGGAUCGACCAGCUCGGCCAGGUCAGGAAAUCACUGCAGUGGACUUCAGGGAGACAUACUCGAGUGAGACCAGGGAUGACACGCUCUCAGUACAAGAGAGCGUCCAGGAGGAGACGGUUGACGACCCUCCUCCGCUACUCCUUCCCCGCUCUGCCGCUCCCUCUGAGAACGGCCGAGUCAGCCGAGAGUCGAGACAUAGUCAGGGUGAGGUCCGACCCGCGGCCGAGCCCUGCGACGCUGCCGGAGAGAGCCGGUUCCUGGACGGGGAUAGUACGGCAGAUCUGUUUACCGCUGUGUGUGUGAGUACCUAUGCCGAUAGUGCAUCCGAGUCGUCCCGCUCAGCGGUAUCCCGCCGCUCCCGGCAGAGCUCGUCUCCCGGCCGGCCGCUGCUGAGUGGUGGUCAGCCUCCGUACCGCCCACCCGGCCGUCAGAGUACGACAGGUCCUGAGACGGUUACUGGCAGUGAAACAGCAGGAGUCAGCGAUCAGGCCGCAGGGCUGCGAGGAGCCGCCAGUCGACCUGCCUCCAGCGCUUCUGUUGUGUUGGCGGGCCGCCACAGCCCGGCUGCGAGCGAGACCAGCCAUACAGAGUCGACCCAGGCGCCCGCCUCGGACGUAUCAGUCACAGAGUCUGCCAGACACCUGCCUCCGCCAGCUGGCGCAGGUGGCGCCACCAUGCGGCCGCUAGGUGGCGGUGGCGAUCAGUCACCAGGUGACGCGGCGGGCGGGAAAGUGGGAGCAGUAGGACAGCCGAUGGGCACUGGACAGAAGUCGCAGAGACCCGAGGGAGCUCCAGCACCAGCGCCUCUCGGCCACACAAAAUUGAUGCCUGAGAACGGAGUUCGCCCAAGACGGUCCGACCGACCCUGGUACGAAAUCAGUGACGAUGACUGAGUUCCGAUUCGGCUCUGUUGGACAUCAACGCUGCCGUUAGACAGAUGACUACCGAGAUGCUACCGACUGCCAAGAUGGCUGAGUUUCCAUGCGAGUAAAAAUGUGUCCCCGCAAUGUUUCACUCUCGAAAGGUGUUGUUAUAAAUGUGAUUUUCCGCAGACGCAUAACCUGACCGGUCGCUUACAGAAGGAUUCGUAGCGUGCUUGAUGCUGGUGACUCGUAAUUGUGAUGAGAUUAUGGGUGUCGGUGUGUACAAUUUUGUCGAGGUGCUAGAAGUCGUGGCAUGAUUAUGCGAAAAUGUGAAGGGAUGGCAGCGACUGCUAGGGAGACAGGCUUAGGAGGGAAAAUAGAGGGAAUGCGGGUAGAACCGUUUUUUCUCUUUUUUUUGCAUUUCGUUCUCGGUUCGUUUAUACUAGCCCGCUAUCACUCUGCCACAUAGCUCGUGUGGGUGCAUGAAUGGUGAUGUGAUCGUGCAAUGUUUAUGCCUCCCAAAAGUUCGUUAAAUGUGAAACUUUACGAGGAACAGUUGUGCUGUGUCACGCUUGGCCACAAAGAUACAAAGCCAGUAAAUAAACGCAGGAUUAUCUG